AUGUCCACAGAGGUUGCUGCCAAUACUACAACAACAACCACAACAGAGGUUGUCAAUAUCAAGGACAAGAACAUCUUUGGAACAGUCGAGGUUAAGAUCAAAGAAGUAAGAGGAUGCUCCACUCACUUCAUAUUGGCCAAGUGUGAGCUGGCUCAAAAGAAGUCAGAGGUCAAGACCAAGCCACUCUCCAAUCAUACCUUUGUCGAUGUCUUUGACUUCCGUGUAUCAUCUGCAAACAGUGAACUUGAGAUUGAAGGAUGGAGAAAGAACUUGUUCUUCAAGGAUAAGAUCACUGGCGCCGUCAAAUUGACUAUAAAUGACUUGUUGACAGCACAGGGCGAGGCCAAAUGGUAUCCAUUCGUCUCUGGAAAGAAGCGUCGCGCUCCAAGAAACCAAGGUCCAGUCGUUGGCACACCUGCUGAGGAGACAACCAGACCCGAUGAGAACGCCGACGAGAAGGAGUCGUCGUCCGAGAGCGAGAACGAGAAGGGUGAGGGUGAGGCCGAGGCCGACGCACCAAAGCCACGCAAGGGAAAGAAGGUCAAGGUGCCACCCGAGAUCUGCUUGGAGAUCAAGUUCACAAAGAACGAGCCACCCAAGGAGGUGCUCAAGGGCUUGAUCCUGGACGGUGUAUGGACCACCGAGAACAGCGUUGGCAGUCUCACCAACAACCCGCACUGGAUCAAGUGCACACAGUACCUACUCACGGUCAAGAACGAAGACACGUCGCUGAUGAUCAAGCUGCGUCAGCCUGAGGGUGCCGACCAGCGCGUCAGCUUCUUUGUCAUCAACUACGACAGCGCCUUCUACAAUGGCAGCAGAAAAGUCAUCCUCGACACGUCCAACGACUUCAAGAAGGUCGACAACUUUAUCUGCCCUAUCGCCGCCACAGCCGUCGACUGCAAGAUCGAGCUUGAGGCCGGCCAGUACAUCAUCAUCCCCUAUGCCGAGAGCUUUGGCUUCACUGGCAAGUACAAGCUCAACGUUGACUCUGCCAAGCUAUCGAACCUCGAGCUCUACCCCUUGCCAAAGGACCCAAGCUGCCAGUGGAAGGAGAUCGUCAUCAACGAUCUGUGGACCAGCACCACAAACGGAGGCUCAGACAUCACCCUCCUCCAUUGGACCAAGAGUCCACAGUACGCCAUCACUCUGACCAAGCGCGCACGUGCUUGUGUGCUCCUGUCACAGGACGACCACGAGAAGAGUAUCGGUUUCUACGUGAUGCGCCAGCAACACGAUGUCGGCAAGCGUCUUGUUGAGUUCAGAGGCCAGGUGGGCAAGACCGACAACUUCAAGCCAUCGUGCCAGAACGGCACCACCAUGACGCUGGACGCCGGUCACUAUGUCGUGAUCCCAUCCACUUUCGACCAGGCACUGGAGGGUGCCUUCCACAUCACACUGUUCACUGACGACCAGGAGGCCACAUUCUCGCCAAUCGCUGGCCAAUGGAAGGAGAACAAGCUCGUCAAGGGCACCUGGGUCGGCAAGACCGCCGGAGGCAGUCCCAACUGCGGCGCCUCCUUCUUUGACAACCCACAGUACAAGAUCAAGCUGCCCAAGGAUCGCAGCCAGGACGUUGCAUUCGUUGUACAGCUCAUCCAGGAUUCAACACUGGCCGACGAGAGCAUUGGCUUCAUCGUGAUCACACGUGACGAUCAUGAGAAGCGUUGCGAGGCGCUCACUUUCCAGAACGAGGACCUGUUUGCCAAGACACCAAACUGGGAGCGCAGGAACGACAAUGCUUGCCGCAUCGUCGUCAAGCCCGACCAUCCACACGAGUUCACCCUGAUCCCAUCCACCUUUGACAAGGGCGUCAACAGAUCCUACAGACUGCAGUUCUUCAGUGACAUCAACAUCGAGGUUGACGAGUUCGAGCCUGUCGAGGAGGAUUCAUCAUCGGACGAGGAGUAG